AUGUCUCCGUUGAUCGUGGAAGUACAGCAAGGCAAACUGCAAGGAAUAGAAAACGAAUCUAUAUUAAAUGGACAGAAGUAUUAUUCUUUUUUGGGAAUUCCGUACGCUAAACCUCCGAUAGGAGAUUUACGAUUCCAGGCUCCACAGCCAAGUGAAAAAUGGGUCGGAGUGUACGAAGCAACGUUUGAAAAAGCUGUCUGCGCACAGAGGGAUUUCUUUCCGCCGAAUCUUUUCAUAGGAAGCGAAAAUUGUUUAUAUCUCAACAUCGAUGUUCCUCAGGUGCCUUCUGAGGUCAAAGUUCCUAAAGCUGUUAUGGUUUUUCUUCACGGAGGCGGUUUCGCUUGCGGAUAUGCAACGCAAGAAUUCUACUCGCCUGAUUAUCUAAUCACACGCGAUGUUAUUUUGGUUCGAGUUGCAUACAGAUUACACGUUUUCGGAUUUCUAAAUCUGGGACUACCAGACUGUGCCGGAAACGCUGGCCUCAAAGAUCAAACUCUGGCCAUCAAGUGGGUAAAAGAAAACAUCGCUAGUUUCGGAGGCGAUCCAAAUAAUAUAACAGUUUUUGGUGAAAGUGCUGGAGGAUCGGCAGUUCACCUGCAAACCAUAUCUCCACUAGCCAAAGGUUUAUUCCACAAAGCCAUCAUGCAAAGUGGCUCCAGCCUGGUUCCUUGGUCAAUGACAGUAAAUCCCAAAGCUAUGGCUGAAGAACUUGGAGAACGAAUGGAUUUCGAUGGAGACACUACUCUGGAGCUGUUGCAAUUCUUGAGGAAACAAAAUGCCGAAGAUCUGACACGUCACGCAUCCGAAAUGGCCGAUGAUUUGAAGAAGAAAUAUCCAGGAGUAUGUACACUUACUCCAUUUAUGCCAUCUGUGGAAGAAAUAAAAGAAGGCGCAUUUUUACCCGAUUCACCUGAAAAUCUCAUCAAGACAGCUGAUCCACUACCUAUAAUUUAUGGACUUAACGAUAAAGAAGGAAUCAUCGCCAUUUUCAUUAAUUUCAAAAAUAUAUGGGAACUGCUUAAAAACGAUUUCAGCACUGUUUUAAAAAAUAAUUUCAAAAUCGAUCAAAAUGUUUUGCCAGAAAUAAGUGCCAAGGUUUUGAAAUACUACUUCGGCGAUGAAGAAAAAAUAGGCCCUGAUGCUAUCGAUCAACUGAUCAACUUAUUUUCGGACAUAUGUUUUUAUCAACUAUACGAACCCGUGGAAUUCGCCAUCAAGUCAUCGACUCCUCCGUUUGUGUACGAAUUUGCUUACGAUGGUACCUCAAAUAUGUGUAAGCUAUUCGUAAACGCAGUACUAAAAAGGAACAUGAGUGGAGCACUUCAUGGAGACGAACUGGGGUAUAUUUUUCACACGCCACGUUAUGUUUCAAACCCGGUGUUGGAAGGCGAAAAUUUAAAAGUUAUUCAAAACAUGAUCGAAAUGUGGACGAAUUUCGCAAAAACUGGCGUGCCUGCAGACGAGUCAAUAUGGAAACCUUCAACUUCGAGUCAGCCUCGUUAUUUGAGAAUCGACCAUACAUUGCAGUUGGUUGAAGGCGAAAUAUUUGAAGAAAGAUUACGAUUUUUGAAAAACGUAUUGGGUCCUGCAGCCAAACCACAUCAUGUGUUUUAAUAACUCGAAUGCCGGAAUUCUCACCCAACGGUUAUCCCUCCUUUAUAAAUCUGCGCAUAUUUAGAUGGCGUACGAUCGAACUUAUAUUAUAUUACUUUAAAAUUAUACUCGAACAGAAAA